CAUCAUUUCAGCUGUAGGCUGUCGCUCUCCAGUUGUUUUUAACUAAGCCACCGCAUUCCAGUCCAGACUUCAUGUGAGCUACUUCGUUGGCUGACAUGCGGACUCUCGGACCGUAGCCUGUUAGUGGAAGAGGGAGGGGAGAACAGGAGGAUUCUGCUGGACCUGAAGACAGUUUUGGAAGAAGUGCAGGUGGAGGUGAAAAGAGAGGAGGAGAAGAGGAGUGAGCUGCAGCUGCAGUACACCAGAGACAGAUGUGCCUGGGACUUGGAGAAGGCUGAGCUCAAAUGCAGGAUUGCACAGUUGGAGGCUAGAGAGAGUGCCGGGUUGAUCAGUGGAGGAGUCCAGGCAGCAGCAGGUCCUGGCUCUGUGGCAUCACAAAGCGCCACAGAACAGCACAGCGAGACCUCGACGCUCCGCCGGGAGAGGGAAGAGCAGCGGAGGCUCCUGGCGGACACACACUCGACAGCCAUGGACCUGCGCUGUCGCCUGGAGCACAAUGAGAGGGACUGGUCAAGGGAGAAAGCCGAGCUGCUGGAGAGGUUUGACGUGGAGAGGAGGGAGUGGGAGAGCCAGCUGAAGGAUAUGCAGAAGAAAAUAGAAGAGCUGUACUGUGAAGUGAGGGCCAAGCGAGAGGGGACCAGACUGGACAGCAGGAGGCAGGACAACGAUGAUGUCGUACAGAGGCUCAGCAUACGCUCGACCAGCACUGGCUCCAGCCUGCUCAGUGACAACUGCAGCAGCCAGUCAGAACCGAUCAGUUCACCUCUAUCUGGGUUUGGUCGCAACAGAAACGUCACUGGUUGUGUUGGCACAGAUACUCACCACUCCACCUGCUUCCAAACAGACAGCCUCUGUGAAUAUAAUGUUGGUGGUCAGUUCACUCUCAAUGACCUUUCACAACUUGAGCUGGUGGAUGAGUUGAGAUCCAGAGGCACUUGGCAGCAAGACUCAGUCACUGAUAGCAAGGAAGCUGUGGAUACAACAGAGCUGGAUGCUAUUUUUCACAGAGCUCCUGGAUGUGGAGUGCCACAGAAAAAUGUCUCUAAAGAUAGUGAAAAAAACGUCCAUGUUAGCCCUCGAGAAAGUCCUCUCUGGUCAGAGCGGAGUUACGGCAGCGAAAAGAAGAAGAACACCACUGCUCUCAAUGCUGCUCUGAAGGAGAUAGCCCGUGUAAGUGAGGAGCUUUGUAGCUACCAGGAUGAGAUUAGAAAGAGAAGCGCGGAUAGAAGGAAUCGAUCUGAAUCCCUGCCCCAACCUGAGGAGAGCGAGAUGCCAUUUGGCCAUGAUAAAGCCCGACUGGAGGUAGAUGAAGCCCCAUGUGACCUCAUACAGAUUUACGAUGACCUUCGGGCCUUGGCAAGGGACAACUGGAUCACCUUGUCACCAGAUAACACCUGGCGGGCCACCAGAGGGCCGAGCAAAUCCCAGAGAGCAAACACCCCUGAUCCAGACAGAGGCACAAUGACAGGCUCUGGAGUACUCUCUGAGAUUGGUACAGCAGUUCCACCCAUCCCUCCCCGCAUCUCCUCCUGGAAUCUGUGUGCCCCCACCCAUCCAGACACAGAGCUCCACAUCCCUGAUUCCCCUAUGACGACAAUGAGGAAGUGCCAUAGCCCCUGUGUUCUGGUGGAUAGAAAGUGUAGCAGUCCAUCUAUUGUCAGGAAGUUCGGGGCCAUGCUACAAGAAAAUGAAGGAAAGGUUUUAGUGGAUGGUGUGGUAGCAUCGUGCUCUGUGCCUACUAACUCUAAAUGUAAUAUUGGCUGCUGCCACAACCGCUGGUCCUGCGAUGCAAGCAAGUUCACCAACAGUAAGUUGUCUACACACGGGACUGUCCAGAAAAGCUUCUCUGAGGUCAACAUAUUGACUGCUGGAAAAGACUUGCGCUCAGAGUACAGCCCUGGUCUUGGAGACUUAAAAGAGCUACAAAUACCACCGAUUGUCAAAGAAUUACCUGUAGAUUUGCUCUUGUCCUCGCUUGAAAUAUCACCUACCAGCCUCAAGCUCCAGGGCUCCAGAAGAAACAUAAUGCUGGAACAAAAAACAGCUGAGUUCAACAGAACUUUGUUUCAGGCUGAGAUGGGUCGUGGCGUACAGGAACAGGACAGCACUACAGUAACAGAUGCCUACGCUGUGGGUUGCCAGCCGGUUUUUUCAGCAACUUGUGCGUCAGAUGAGCUCUUACCUCCCAGAGAGAAAACAUUUCAGCCACAUUGUACUGAUGUCACCACCAGCGUCGUAGGUGUGCAUCCUGAAGUCACAUUGUCUCCCUCCACCUCGGAUUCCACAAUUCACGAGGUCCAAUCAAGGCGAAUGACAUGUGGUCCUGAAGGUCAAGAGGUCAGAAUGAACCUUUCGUCCGAACAGCCACACACUGGACACAGGGAGGCAGCCACCAUAAGCUUUCAGAGUCCUGCACACCAUUCUGAGGUCAAGCACAAAAUUCAAACAGCAAGCAGCCCUUCCAGGAAAACACAACACAGAGCGGCCACAGAAGCUCUCUUUUCUGAGCCUGUCUUGCCUACAAAUACCCAGCCAGGUCAGAAUGUGGACAGUUUCAGCUCCAAGAAUGAGAAUCCCAGUGGAGCAAAGGCUCAGCCAGCCAGAGUCGGUGUCUCACUCCAGCAGCCGCCUGCUGAGAACAAACAAAGACAGAUGACACAGCCAGGGCACCAGGCACAGCAAAGGCAUGUGUCUGCUCCUCAUUCCCAGUCUGACUCCUCCAGACCUGGGCCUCGAAUGAUGAAUGACCAUCCCUGGAAGCCUCUCACUCUGGCUGCGUACCCACGUCCCGAGGGUUCCAGGUCCAACUAUGGGGCAGUGGAGAGGAUUCUGAAGAAUUAUGAGAGUGCAGCUCGGGCUCAACAGAACCAGAGCCAGCAGGACGAGGUAUCUUCAAGUCCUAACAUCAGUGUCAGGCAGGAGGAGAUCGUCACAGAACUGGACAUGCUGGACAUGGACCCUCUGCCCUUACCUCCCACUCUGAGACACACACAGACCCCUCACACCACACAUGCACAGCUCAGCAGCCACAGUGCCAUGAGUGUGAAAGAGAUACAUCUAUCUGUGCAGGACGAGUCCUCUGUCUCCUCUUCUUCCAUCCAGAAGAACUUCUCGAGGCCUGCCCGUCCAGCCAACCGACGCCUCCCCUCCCGAUGGGCCAGCCGCUCCCCCACGUCCUCCUCCUCCACCUCCUCCUCCCCCUCUACCACCCCUGUCGUGCCUCCAUCCUUCCCCCUCCAGAAACACACUUCCUCCUUCACCUACUCACAUGCCUUUCACAUAGAGACAGUCAUCAUUUGAUCUCCACCUCACUGUGUGACUGAACCAACAAGAAGCCUUCAGUGAUAACCUCUAAGCACUGAACACUUCUGUUUUGUUGCUGUUGUACAUACAUACCAAACCCAGACUGCUUCUCCACUCCUACAGACUCAGAAGUGCUUUUAGCUGUGAGUUCACCAGCUCACCUUUAGAAUGUAUGUGGCAUCCAGUGGAGCCUAACUGACCAAGGAAGACAGGAAAAUGAUCCGAAGCAGCUUCACGUAUUCAGCAGUGUGCUCCAUAUAACCUGCCAGGCAUCAUGCGUAGCCUCAGACGACAGUGAAAAUAUCACUUUUCAAGGAAUGAUCGCAUCCAAUGCGUCAUUCGUUCAUGCCAACCAUCGGAAUGGAUAUCCUAUGCUCAGGUCUGGAUUUUAGCCUUGACUAGUGUAGCCUUGCAGAUCUACCAACAGCAGACCCUUCACUAACUCCCUCUAUUUACUCUAUUUACACCCUAAAAGUGAUAGUAGCGCAUAUUCAAAUGAUCUAAAAACUUCCAGCCAAAUGAAAUCCAGAGUAAUGUAUUUGAUAUGUACUGUAUUUUGUAUUUUGUGUGCAACAUGUUUUGUGUGCGUUUUGCACAAAAUAUGAUGUUACAUACACAAUAUGAAGCAUCGCGUAAGAUUCUGAGUUGAAAGCAGUGGAGCAGAGAUUUCUCCCCUAGUGUUGCUCUCAGUGUGCUGAAUGAAGCAGUGUUGGUUUUCUGCCUUCUUCCCACACUACAUGCCUGGACUGUACCUUGCCUGUGACUAAAACAUUUUGCUUUAUGACUCGCUUUACAUUUUACAUGAUUACAGUAACGCAAAAAUGUGAAUGUGAGUUCCUUUUUUUAUAACUUUGUACCAAAGGCUGGUUUCUUUAUAUGCAUUUUCCUGAUUUGAAAAUUAAAUGCGUUGUUUGUAACGGCAUUUACUUUUUCCGUCCACCCAUUGAUGAUGUUUUCCAAUGAAAAUGUAUGUUAAACAUCAUUUACGAGAGCCUGCUUUUGUGCAUAACAUAAAUAACGAAGCUUAUGAAAAAACUUUCAAAGCCUUUUUUCUACCUUUACUAAUUCUGAAUGGUCACAUAUCAGGACAUUAUUCAGCUUUUUGGAUCAAAGUGGUGAAUCAUAUCAUGAUGAAGGUGAUGCCUUUGCUGUUCUUUUUGUGUAAUAAACAUAAGG